CCAGGAUUCUUGGUCCGCUUCUUGCUCCUUCACUUACUGCAGAGUCAUCUGUGACUCUUGAGUUCAAGAUGUCAACAGUUUCAGACACCAACGAACCUUCAUCAAGCCAGCAACACCGAGGGAGUCCUCCAUACUCGCCUACAAAUGCAGGACUCGGUGGCUCUCCAGACGUGAUACCUGACAUCCCCGUCACAGCUGUAUUCCUCGUUCUUUACCUUAUCCUUGGAGUCGUUCACAUUAAGAUUCUCAAGAGUAACAAAGGCCGAGGGCACAAGUUCAUCUUCAAUGGCGCCCUACUCGGGCUCUGCAAGAUUCGACUGAUAACGAUGUCCUUGAGGAUAGCAUGGGCUUGCCAUCAGCGCAACGUUGGACUUGCUAUGGCAGCGAAUAUAUUCGUUUACGUCGGCACAAUCAUUUUGUACAUGGUCAACUGGUUCUUCACACAACGUGUUGUUCGCGCGCAACAUACCAAACUCGGUUGGUCGAUGCCCUACCGGAUCGUCCACAGAGGCGCUCUUGUCUUCUUGAUCGUCAGCCUAUUGAUGAUCAUCGUCACAUCAAUCUGGCAGAACUUCACGCUGAACAAAAACGCUCGUCGUAUCUUCCGCGACAUGCAGUUGGCGGGUCAGACGUACUUCACAGUCUUUGCUUUCGCUCCGAUCGUCUUCGUCCUCAUCUCCUUGGCUCUUCCCCGCCACGAGACCGAUAAGUUCGGAGCUGGCCGUCUCAGGGUCAACAUCACUAUUCUGUUAAUCGCCGCCGCAGUGGUCUCGGCUGGGCAGAUCUUCCGAUGCGUGAUUGUCUGGUUACCUCCGUCUCCUUUGCGGAACGCCCAAGGUCAGUUCCAAAAUCCGCCAUGGUAUUAUGACAAGGCUUGCUUUUUUGCAUUCAACUUCGUCACCGAAAUCAUUGUGCUUGUCAUGUACGCCAUCGUGCGUGUCGACCUACGCUUCCACGUACCUGAUGGCGCGAAGCGAGCAGGAGACUACAGCCGUAGCAGCGUCAACGUUCACGUCAGCGAGAAGGCUCUUCAUCCUAAUAUGGUAUCUAUGCACUCCAACGGGUCUAAUGAGACUCUACAUUCCUACCAGAUAUCCCUAUUCGAAGACUCUGGCACGCUGGCCGACUCACUUCGAUACCCAUUGUCGACGCUGGAGAUCGAUGGCAAGACGGGGGCGUGGAAGGUGAAGCGUGCGUCAGGCGUAUCGACAGGAAGUAACCGCUCCUCGACCAGCUCACAGUCGCCAACAUGGCUGGAUAAGAAUACCAUGGAAGAGAACGACAUCCCUCCUGUGCCUGAUAUACCCAACCGCAUGAGUUGGCCGCUGAGGACCUCGAUGAUGCAUCCCAACGACUUGAUGGCGGGACCAGAGCACGACAACCCGUCGAGGACCUCAAAAGGGACAUCGAAGAUGAACUCCAGGUCACCGCCGAAACGGCAAUACGAGCUGAAGGACCAUGGCUUUAACGAUCAUGACGUAGGCGAUGCAGUUCGAGCUGCGCUGAACAAGCUCGAGGGUAAGAACGACAGCAAAGGCAAGCUUCCAAAGACUAGAUCGCCACCACCAGGUUACAACGUAAUCGAGGCCAUUGAUGCUGCCGGACGCUCAUCGACCGACAAGAAGUACAUUCACUUCUCACGGCCAAGCUCAUUCGAAGAUCAGAGCAAUGACGGCAACAACGAGAAGAGCCAGAAGAACGAAAGGCGCGAAAAUGGCGAGAAGCGGUCCACAGUCCCCAUGAUCAUCACAAAAGACGGCCGCAAGGUUCUCCGAAAGCAACGCAGAUCCUCCGCAAGCGAGAAAGACCCCUACGAACCUACGUCACCCGUAUCGCCCAUCGCCCCAGAGGUAUACGUCCCCACACACAUGAUGUCAGGAGGCCUGGAUGGUCCGUCAUCCAUGAUCGAGCCCACAGAGGCCUUAACCUCGAAUACUCCACUAGUUUUGAACAACAAACGGUCGUCCAGCCUCGAGAUCAUCAAGCUCACCAAGCGUGUACCUGAGAACCGUAUAUCCGGCGACAGCAACCCGCGCAUCCUUGACCUCAGCACCAUGCCUAAGCACGAGAGCACCCGCGAAUCAUCAAACUCGUCUCGCUCGAACUCAUUCCGCGGUGUAAGACCUGAUCUUCAUGAGCAGAUGCUUAAGUCGGUACUGCAGCCCACAAUAUCCCAGCCAGUGCGUCCGCUGCAGUCGAUGUUGCCUACGGCCACUGGCUCAGUCACUGCACCCGGGCCGGGUGUCGCGUCCCAGUUCGGCACUGUGACAAGCUCGAUCUACAGCUCAACGAUCACGAGUUCCGAUCAGAGAGAGGUAGUUAAGGGGGAAGAGGAGUUCCGCAGGUUUAGCUUUGAAGCUGCGCCUGAGGAAGCGGAGCAGAGGCUUGAAUAUGGUGAGCGCAGCCCAAGGACGAAACAGAUGUGAGGUUGUUGAUGGUGUAUGGUGUAUGGUUUAUGGUGUAUGGUGUAUGUGUAUAUGACACGACAUGCCUUUUUUGUUUAUACUGUUGUCUUUUAGCGAUAAUGCGAUUAGUCUGUUUCGUUGAUUUAUUUGCGUCUUGUUUGACAGGCUUGCAUUGUUAUCAUUCCCCAACCACAUGUCGUGUGAAGGACGAGACGUGCGACUUGGUUCAGAAUCAGCUUAUGUAUUGCUCAAUACUACCCCAUUAAUCGGC